AAAAAAAUCCGCAAAAACUAGCACCUUCGUCUUUUCACAUGCCCUAAACCAUUCGCUGCCAUUCCCGCGACCACUGGCCACUUCUCAUCGGUGUCAAGCUUCCAUCGGCCACCGAAAGAAAGAAAAAAUAUAGAAGGCAAGAAAGCAAUCCUGAUCUUCAGCUUUGCCGUGCUUCUAGCCGUAGGUCGUCUUAGCUUUAUAUACUUAAAAUGAAGCUUGUCAGGUUUCUAAUGAAGCUCAACAAUGAAACUGUUUCAAUUGAGCUCAAGAAUGGCACAGUUGUUCAUGGCACCAUUACAGGUGUGGACAUCAGUAUGAACACUCAUUUGAAAACAGUUAAACUAACUGUGAAAGGGAAAAAUCCUGUGACUCUGGAUCAUCUCAGUGUAAGGGGUAACAACAUCCGUUACUAUAUCCUCCCUGACAGCUUGAAUCUGGAGACAUUGCUUGUUGAAGAGACGCCAAGGAUUAAGCCUAAGAAGCCAACUGCUGGGAAGCCUUUGGGAAGGGGACGGGGACGUGGCCGUGGUCGUGGGCGCGGUCGCGGACGAUGAACUGCAGUUAUCACAAUUUUUUGGCUUGUGGGUUGUAUACCUCUAUUGUCGGGAGAGUUUCUGGGGAACUUUUGGAACAGCCGAGUAGCAUGUGACUCAGACGAGUUAGUCCGUUUUAGCUAUUUUUCUGUCAAGUGCUAUUAAGUUUGACCAUAUGACUCGUUUUACAGCUCAACACAAUACAAUUGCCUCUUAGAAAACAAAAA